AUGGCAUUUUCCCUAUUUCGAGUCGGUCGCUUUCUGAGGUCGAUAUUUUCUCCUGCAGCGGUGUUCGUCGGAUUCUGCUGCUUGCUUACCUUUAUCUUCAUCCUGUACCAACCUAAUGCCGGGCCUGGUGCCAAACAGCGAGUCGGCUGGCAAUCUUGGGAGGUGAUAUACGAUAAUGUUGGUGGAAGCGCCACUGAUGCAAGUGUCAACACUGGCGGGGGUGCGCCUGUCGUAGGGACGCCCUCUCAGUCCGAGGACGUCGACUGGUGGAAUGUGACCACUUCAACUCCGCAGACCAUGGACUCAGCCAGUCUGCCUCUGGAUGAAUGGGAUCCUAUGUUACCUCAUGCUACAGGCUUAUCAGAAAUUGUGAUUACGAAGUGCUUUAUAGACCCAUGGUUUGCCGAGGUCCUUGCCGGCGACUUCUGCGCACCAUCUACGACCAAGGAGGAUGAUGCAUACAAUGGUAAAUGGGUCCGCAUUCCGCGAAACUUGAAUGUGCAGUCUGGUAUGAUGAUGAGUCUAAAUAUUUACUACCGCCGCACGCGUAGGCACGAUAUCCCACUAGUAACGGAGUUGCGCAUCAUGCGGGACAGCGAGAGCCCUUCUCCCUUCAGUCCUGCUUGGCAUAGGGUAGAACAACCUGUUAGCCCAUCUGGAAGUCCCUUGUACCUCUGGUACAAGACCGAGAAGACGCUCUUGCAGAUGACCCCAGCGGAGCGGCAGAACGACCUUAUCACAGAGAUUGAUAUCCUCUUUGGUGAUGAUAAACCGUGGUACGGAUUCGAGAGGGUCGACCGACCUGUUCUAGAAGCAAAGCCGAUUAUUAGAAGGGAGAGUGUCUGGGUGACCUAUCGUAAAGGGGUUAAGGUCCCCCCACAGGCCCCGCCGCUUCAUUUCUCGCAUGAUGGACGUUUCAAGAUCAUGCAGGUCGCAGACCUGCACUUCUCUGUUUCUGCAGGGGCAUGCCGGGAUACCCCGCUCGCACCAUGCAGCAACUCUGACAACUUGACAUCUACGCUGCUCGCGCGUAUGCUCGACAUGGAGCGCCCAGAUCUCGUGGUCUUCAGUGGGGACCAGUUGAACGGACAGGGUACAGCCUGGGAUUCGCGCUCUGUGCUCGCGAAAUUUGCCCGUGUAGUGACGGACCGUCAGAUCCCAUGGGCCGCAGUGUUUGGCAACCACGACGAUGAGGAUGGUGCGUCGCGAGAGCAUCAAAUUAAAUAUAUGCAGGGGCUGCCGUAUAGCCUCGUGCAGGAGGGUCCGAAGGAUAUUCACGGCGUGGGGAAUUAUGUACUGAAGGUUAAGAGCGCUGACGCGUCGAUGACGCACUUGUUAACCUUGUACUUCCUCGACUCAGGAGCAUAUUCUAAAGGAGCUCUCAGUUGGUUUGGAUUCUUCGUCCCAACGGAAUACGACUGGAUCCAUCAGGACCAAACUGAUUGGUUUUUGCAAGAGUCGUCCGCCAUUGACCCAAUCGAACGACCAUUCAUUCCGGAUGGCGCGAAGGACUUUGGGCACAUUUGGGGGCGUCAAGAUGGAAGCCAGAUGGCGCCUCCUCGUCGCUUAGCGAAACCAAACGCGCUCAUGUUCUUCCACAUCCCUCUCCAGGAAAGCUACGCUGCCGCAGACAUCGACCCGAUCACGUCUCAGGAGCUGAAUGUGGGAGAGAACGACUUGGAGGGCUCGGGGGCGGCGAAGCAGCAAGAGGGAUUCUUCCACAAGGGGAUAUUGCAGGCGAUGGAGAGCGACCACGUUGCCGCGGGAAACGCUCACGAGAUCAAAGUUGUGACGAACGGCCACUGCCAUGUUACGGAGAACUGCAAGCGUGUCAAGGGUGUCUGGCUGUGCUUCGGCGGUGGAGGUUCGUAUUCGGGAUAUGGCAGAGUCGUGUUCGACCGCCGCUUCCGCGUGUACGACAUCUCGGACUAUGGAGAGACCAUCCGCACAUACAAACGCACGGAACACGAUGAGAUAGUGGACGAGAUGAUCCUUGCUGGCCGGGGUGCGCCAGCGCCAUACGAAGAGAUAUGA